CGCAUCAUUUUGACAACGGAGUUAACCGUGUGCUUUUGUCUAUUUGAAAGAUAUCUUAAUUUCUUUCAGGCAGAAUGCAGCUUACAGUCACAACUCUGUCUGACCAGAUGUUUUCUCUGGACGUUAGUGAUGACUUGGAAUUAGAAAAUUUCAAAGCUCUGUGUGAAUUUGAAACGGAGAUUCCGUCCUCGGAAAUUGCUAUUUUGUGGAAUGGCCGUCCACUGCAUGACAACAAACGAACUUUAAAAGACUAUGGAAUUAAAAAUGGAGAUGUUUUGCUACUUCAGCAAAUUACUGGGAAUCAAGGACAAGCCUUAGGAUUUGGUCAACAGCGACAACAGCAGCAAGCAGGUGGCCCACUCAGCAUUGACUUUGGCAGCAUAGCAAUCCCGGGGGGCUCGGGAGCUCAUCCAGCAGUGGGCAGGAAUCAACCUCCACGCUCCCCGCAAGAGGCCAUGGAAGACCCCAAAUCUGUACGUGACAUUCUCUUAGCCAGUCCCCAUGAGCUGUCCAUCUUAAAGGAAAGAAACCCAGAAUUGGCUGAUGCUCUCCUCAGUGGCAGUUUAGAACGUUUUACACAAGUUUUUCGCCGACAGCAGAAAGAAAGACAUGACAAAGAACGAGAGAGAAUGAAACUUUUGUCAGCUAAUCCAUUUGACCCUGAAGUACAAAAACUGAUUGCAGAGGAAAUCAGGUUAAAAAAUGUGGAGUCUAACAUGGAAACAGCAAUGGAGUUUGCUCCAGAGAGUUUUGGCCAAGUCGUCAUGCUGUACAUUGACUGUUAUGUGAAUGGGCAUAAUGUCAAAGCUUUUGUCGAUUCUGGUGCUCAGAUGACGAUCAUGAGCCAGUCAUGUGCUGAACGAUGUAACAUCAUGAGAUUAGUGGACACUAGGUGGGCAGGCAUCGCCAAGGGGGUUGGCACCCAGAAAAUUAUAGGCAGGGUUCAUUUAGGCCAAAUCAAGAUAGGAAAAGAUUUUUUACAGUCCUCCUUUUCCAUAUUAGAAGACCAGCCCAUGGAUAUGUUAUUAGGGCUAGAUAUGCUCAAACGUCAUCAGUGUUCCAUAGACCUCAAACGUAACAAGCUGGUUAUCGGCACAACGGGUACAGAGACCCCGUUUCUGAGUGAAGGUGACCUCCCGGAGCAUGCUCGCCUCAACGGGGCUUCAGGGACAACCCCGAGUCGCAGUGAAACGGAAAAAGAGGACCAACAGUUAGCCCAGGCAUUGGCCAAAUCAGCACAGGAAGCAGCCCAGUUUGGUGCUGGUCCCUCAGGGGCUGUAUUGGGGAGUUCAUCCACUCCCUCUGGAGCCUCCUCUUCAGCUAGCCCAUUCCCUGAAGCAGUGAUCAGCCGACUCAUGGCCAGUGGCUUCUCCCGAGAACAGGUGAUUGAGGAGUUGAGGGCACAGAACGGCAACCCGGAGGCUGCGCUGGGGGUUUUGCUGGCCAAGUCGUUGAAGUUCCCCUGACCACAGCUCCUAUAUCUACACAUUAAAUAUUGUUACAUGUAAUUUUACCUAACAACUGUAUUAUAUUGUGAAAAAACAAACUUGCCAAGCUCGGCAUUUACUUUACUACAAGAAUCAUAUGUAGCUCCUUAGAAAAGAUUUUAUGGACAGUCACCUAAAGCAAUGAUACAGUAUAUUUUGCUGGCUUGUGUUCUUAUGUGUACAUACUAAGUUCAUUUUAUGGUCAUCAACCUUACUUUGGAGGGCCCUCAAGCUUAGCACCUACUUCUUGGACAUGUCUGGAAUACAGUUUUCGAGUCAAAAUGUUGCAAAAUUUUGUGUAUAAAUAACUAACAUCCUUUUAUGAUGUGACUUAUUUAUGGCAAAAUGGGGUUAAUUUUAUAUUUAUCCUGCAAUAUGACACACUGGUAGGUUAUCAGCAAGACAAACUUGCAGAGUUUCUCUUCAUUUAUACCUUAAUAACUUUUUUACCUACUGAAAUAAUAAUUCUUCUGAUUAUUGUUAUGAGGGUGGCUUAAUUAGGAUUUACAUGUAAGUAUCCACCCCCCCAAAUAAAAUCCUGACAGACCUUCCCCACCUAGUUAUAAAGUUGUCUCACAAAGAGGUUACUUCAUAGUUGUAGUAUAAUAACUCAGAAAUCAUGCUGUGUUUUUUUCCUGGUGCAGUCAUUAGCUUACGAGGCCAUGGCUUAUGCAGAGAUGAGCAAAGUGAACAAAGCUGUUCUCAUUUACAUCAGUACGGUGGACACACGUCAGUGGUAGUUAUGGGGGUGGUGGGCCGAGGAAACAUUGGAAAUACAGACUCUAACAUUGUAAACGUUGGUUAAGGGGAAGAUGUCAAGCACGUUACACAGACACCUCAUCACAUGGAUUGUAGUCAUUCUAUUUCACUUUUCCUUUUGUAAAUGUGGAUUUUGAUGAAGAGUUAUCUGAAAUAAUAUUUUCAUAUUGCGCGUGUUAUUAGGGCCAUGGUAAAAAUCCAAUAUUCAUUGUUAUUAUUUAUUAAAAAACCAUAUUGAUGAUACCACCUGUCUGUCUUGCGUUACCCUGGGAAGGAUGCGGUUAAUUUUUCAUUUUUUUAUGUAUUUAAUAAAGUGUAAAAUGUCAUGGGAUGUACAUGUGAAGCCCAGUGACAUUUGGGCGUAUGUGGCCAUUAUCAACUCCCAUGGAAACUUGCAUUUAUUUUCUAUCGUAGAUAGUGUGCACUUAUACCUACAAGACCUACGUGGAAACCUACGUGUACCAUAUGUAACAUACACACACUGUUUGAGAUGUCCAAUAAUUGUAAUCUAAUCCCGGUACAGAAAUUCUAAAUGCGUCUUAUAAAAUUGUACGUAUACUUGUUAUAGAUCUGACCUGAUAGCGUGUGAAGUGUAUUUUUUUUUUUUCGCCUGUACAGUUUAUGUGUUCCUAUUGGAAAGGAUUUAAAAGCUGAUUUGUUUGUGUCCUUUCACUAGCUAAUAUGUGCCAAGAUAAAAUGAUUACUCUUGGAGGAUAUUAGCGUGUUUCUCAUGUGAACAAAUCUGUAAAGUCUGUACUCGGCACUGUGUUUCACAGGUCCAAGGUUUUCGAAUGUCCAACAGGCUGUAUAUGGUAUUUAUGUGAACCUUAUAGUUUAUAUGUUUGUUUUAACCUCUUUUAUGAUGUAAAUGUGUCCAGUUCAUGUCUGAUUCAUAUCUUAUUGGUUGACCCUGGUUACAGUUUUGUUUUGCGCUAGGCCACUGAUUAACGUCUUCCAUACUUUUCAAUUAUUUUAAAAGGCUAUAAAUGUUAAUAAUGAUGCCUGUAGCAUUUACCAAGUGGGUACUGAACCCUAUCCCAGAUAGGACCUAUAUGUCAGUUGAGUAUUUUGUGUAUAAUUGCCUCAAAAGAUCAGAUAGUCUGUUAUUGUGGAUGUACACAGGUGAAAACAUAGCACAUUUCAAGCCUGUUUUUGCUUCUGGAUAUACGUUCUAUUCAUGUUCCGUAGGUCUACCAGAUGAAAUAAUCUUGCUACAUUUGUUUAUCAUGUUCACUCACAUACACAUGUACAUGUAAUAAGCUCAUGUUAAUCAUGUACAUGUAGAUCAUCAGCAGGUGCCUUGGAUACUGCAGAAAAUGGGCAUGGACUCAAACUAAAUUGCGUAUGGUGUACUAUACAUGUAUCAUACAUGCUUUGACUCCAUGUUCUAGGAUUAUGAUCUCAAUCUGUAGACUUAGGAUGGUACCGGACUGUAUACAGAUGUGUCAGAUGUUCUGUCAGCCUAGAUUUCCCUGUUCUCGUCUGUCAUUCAAAUGAUGCAAAGCAACCAUUGUCGGAUUAUAUUUAACUGCCCGGCCACACGUCUUCAGCAGGGGAUGCCAGGUAAUUAGUCAAGCUAUGUAACAGUGACUUUGAAGAAAAGGGUCCAGGAUUAAUUGGCAGAGAGACGGUUGUAAGAAGUCUUUCCUCAUGUACUGUACGUUCGGAAGUUCAUGAUGUACAUAUACACAAUUGAUUUCACAUGUUACUCUACAUUUAUCAUUGAGUGCAAAGUUUCUUUGAGGUUAGGAGAUGUAAAUAAGUGUACAUGCAUCUGCAGGUAUCUUAGUUAAGUAAACAUCAUUCAGUGCAAUCUAUUUUUUUUUUUUUUUCACUUGUGAAAUGCACAUGAAAAACGACUCAUUUGAAAUAAUUUCUUCUGUUGAUCAUCUUACGGUUCACAUUAAUUACAAUAGUAAUUUUAAGUGGGAGACAUUGCAUCCCCUGUGAACACUUGGUGUAUGAUUGUUGAUACAUGUAGCUUGUAGUCAGUAGAACUUUAAUUGGUUGUUCCAUGUACGUCGCAAAAGCUGUUAGCUUUGAUUCCACAAGGCUGGACUAUACCUUUAUUACCACUAGGUUCAAGUUCCAAAAAUGAAAUGGAAUUCUUUAAGGCCUACUUUAAAAUCUUUAAGGUUAUAAAAUUGGGAACAAAUGUAUCACAAAUUGAAUUUUGCCAAAAAAUGAGCAUUUAAAGUUUAACUUGUCAUUUGCAUGUAACUGCAUAUGUUCAUCAUUUACAGCCCUUUCAGCUAUUGAAGUUCUUUGAGUGAUUAGAUUAUUCACAUUGUAACCCAAAUCCAUGUAUGAAUGGUGUAUAAUAUAAUUUCCAUAUGCAACAUAAGUGGUUCUUAAUGUCAAGGCUUAAUAGGCUUUCAAUACUAUUGAAAUGUUCAGUUUCAUGUAUCCAGCUUUUCUGCAUUCAACUUAAAAUGCACAUCAAUUAAGACACGGAAUAAAUGAUUGUCAAAAGAACUAUUUUGAAUAAUAAAAU